CAUGUGAGCGUAUAUCCUCGUUUUUGGAUUCUUGGACAGAAUUUGGAGCCAGUCUCGCAGACAGAACUUGUGUCUCUAGUACUGUAUGGUCAUUAGACACUACUCUGUUUGUCGCAGUUGGCUGGAAUUUUAGAAGCAAUGGGUGUUUGUAUAAUAUGUUUCUACCAGUAUUUGUUUGUUCUUGUCUGGGUUAGUGUACGCUCAACUGUAUUUUCAUCACAAGCAAUGCGUUUAACCGCAACACAGUAAGUAUAGUUUCUAAAAUGUUUUUUCCUAUGUACAAUAUUGCCGCAUAACCAAACAAUUAAGAUAAUGUUGUUUACAGGUGAUAGGGCUAGGGGCCCACCAGGAACCUUAAUUAACAGGCUUUUUAUCUGGGCCUCUAGACUGUAGUUAUAUUCAGUAUAUGUUACAUAUUGAAAUUACUUCUUGAAGACCAAUUUAACUGAGCAACACAACUUUUGCCUAAAACUGUUACAUGCAACCUGCUUACAACUUGAGUUGUAUUGUGUGACUUGUGUUAAUGAAGCACGGCGAGCAACUCUAUCACCUACAACAACGUAUAGGCGUGUUUUGUGCUUGAUUUACAAAGCAUGCGAUAGUUUUAAUUAAGGCAAAUAAAGUUGUUAAAUGAUACAGUCAAAUGAAAUAAAGGAAAGAAAUGUUUUAGAAUACAGUAUAUAAUAUUUACAAAACAAAGCGGAAGUAGAAUAAUUAUGCAGAUUUAAUACAAUUGCAAUACGAAGAUAAAAAUGUUUCGUGGACUAUAUCUAAUGAGAGUCAGAGAUUGCUCUGUAUACCUUUGAAAAGCUUACAUGCAUCAUUCCAAGACACUACAAUUACAAAUGAUUUAGUUGGUUUCACGAGUCUGUCGAUAACUAGUUUCUUAAACAAAAAUUCUUUAAAUGGUUUCUUGAAUGUGUUACUGAUAUUAAAAGUAAUGUUAUUUCAGUAUAUGUAUUUAACGAUGCAGUUAUUCCUAGAAAUUUGCAAGUUCCCAAACUAUCUACUUGUUGUGUGUAUAUUUCACUAAUUUAACACUUCGUGUCUGAACUACCUAAAAAGAUGCCUUAAACAUGGUGGCCCAGUGUAGGUAGUAUUCUACAAUAAGCUGUCGGGGUUUAUGUCUGAACUACAUGAAAAAGUCUCAAACAUGGUGGCCCAAUAUAGGUAUAGUAUUCUACAAUAAGCUGUCGUGUUUUUAUUUCUGAACUGCCUGAAAAAGAUAUCUCAAACGUGGUGGUUCAGUGUAGGUAUUCUACAAUAAGUUGUCGUGUUUUCGCUGUCUGAACUACCAUCUGAAAAGAUAUCUCAAACGUGGUGGUCCAUUGACCAUUGUGGAUAGUAUUCUUAAACGAGCUAUCUGGUAUCUUGUGCAUUCUAUUGUUUAUAACGGAGUCAUUAAUUACCUUUUCUAGGUACUCAUUAAUAUUAAGUACCAUUUAUCAAAAUAUCAGAGGUCACGCGAACACUGCCUGGAUACAACUAGCCAACUGUCGCUGGCAAACCGCUUCAAAUAGUUUUAAUUCCAUAGCAUGUUUUGUCGAUAUAGAUCCAAGAUUCAAGCGUAUCUUAACGCGCAGACCAAUUUAACAGAUGAGCUGCUAGUUGGUUAUGACAAGAGGUUUAUACCAACUAUCCCAGGUGCGCAUAAGCUAAACACAUAAAAUCUAACUUUAUUAAUGAAUUCUAAUAAUAUUCUAUUCUUAUCGUUUUACCUUCAUUAAAAAAGUUGAAAUAUUUAUUAUCAUGUUUUCUAGGGGAACCUUUAAAAGUCAAACUUGAAAUCAAAAUUCCGGAAGUCUUAAGAUUGGAUGAAC